AUGGAUUUCAACCGGGAGGUGCCUCUCGCAGCUGGUCUGCUGACAGCGCUUGUCUCUUCCGCCAUCCCGACGCCGACUCUCGUGCCGCAUCCUUCGUUGGUUGACCCGCUGUACACACCUAUGCCUACACCUGGACACGAUGGCGAUAAUAGUGGUGGGGGACACUUGCAUAGGUGGUCAUCGCUCAUCGGUAUUUGUACGGCCCUGGUGGGGAACGUGCUGAUAUCGUUGGCGCUCAAUAUCCAACGCUACGCACACAUACGGAUCGAUCGGGAAUGGACACAUGAGAAGAUGAAGCAUGAGCUGGAUUGGAAGCGUUCGAGUCCAGAUCAGGGACAACUCGGGUCCUACGGUGCUACAUCGGCGGACGAGGAUGAGGGAGCUGGGCGAGGCCGGGCGCAGACCAGACAGUUUGGCCGUUACCGGGAUAUCUCCCCCAGCGAGGAUCUCCUGCACGACGACCAGCCCCACAUUGAGAUCGAUCAGGGAAGCGAGGAUGGAGACGACGAUGCGGAUUCUCAACAUCGCAUGCGUGAAUCGUUCCUAUCGGACAGAACGGCGCGGCCCGGCGAACACGACGUGCAGCGCCAAUCAUACCUCCGUUCUCCGUAUUGGUGGGCGGGUAUUAUUCUCAUGUGCCUCGGUGAGGUGGGAAACUUCAUGGCCUACGGAUUCGCACCGGCGUCGAUUGUAUCCCCACUGGGUGUUGUCGCGUUGAUCUCGAAUUGUGUCAUUGCGCCCUUUAUGUUGAAGGAGCAGUUCAGGAAACGCGACUUCUGGGGCGUGAUCGUUGCGGUUGCCGGUGCCGUGGUUGUGGUUCUCAGUGCCAAGUCGUCGGAGGAGAAGAUUGGUCCCCAUGAUAUCUGGGUGAUGAUCACUCGCUGGGAAUUCGAGCUGUACCUGGGUCUUACGGCAGCGUUGAUCGUGGGCCUCAUGUGGGCGAGUGGGACGUAUGGACAGCGCACGAUUCUUAUUGAUGUCGGUCUGGUGGCUCUUUUUGGAGGAUAUACGGCUUUGUCGACAAAGGGCGUCUCAUCGCUGCUCUCUUUUACAUUGUGGCACGUCAUAACGUUCCCCAUAACGUAUCUCUUGGCGUUCGUCCUCAUCUUCAGCGCCUUGAUGCAGAUCCGCUAUAUAAACCGUGCGCUUCAACGGUUCGACUCUACUCAAGUCAUUCCGACCCAGUUUGUGCUCUUCACACUUUCAGUGAUCGUCGGUAGCGCAAUUCUGUAUCAGGAUUUCCGAUCCUUUACGCCAGACCGUGCGGUAAAAUUCGUCGGUGGCUGCCUUUUGACGUUUCUCGGCGUGUACUUCAUUACUAGUGGUCGAGUACGCAGCGAUGACGAGUCAUCAUAUGCGCCGGACGACGAGGAAGAGGCUAUCGGGCUUUUAGCUGGCGGAGAGCGAUAUCGUGACAGGGUUGAUCUGUCGCCUCCCGUUCAUGCGGCCCGAGUGCUGAAACCGGGGCAGAAAGCCCCUGAGCUCCACGAUGACGAUGAUUUACGGUCGCCUCCUGGGUCGCUACUGAGUCGUGCAGUCGAUGAACACCAGCACACUCCCCGAGGCGCUCUAUCUCCCACCCCAUCAUCGCCUGUUGGCUCAUUGACUGCCGAGUCCCUCACGCAACCGUCUCCCACGCCUUCCUCUCCGUUGCAUCCGCAGUCGUUCUUCUCGAACCCUUGGGCCGACUCCCAAAGACAGACUGUUGGAACCCCGCGCGCCGAACCUCAAGCCCACCGCCCGACCACACCCCCAGCCCAAUCCGACCAACAAGCUGCUGGGUCGUCCUUCCUUCUUCGCUUCCCUCCAGCUCCCGGCAGCGAAGCCCGCAGUCCUCAGGGCACCAACCCCGUGCCUGAUCGAGUGACUCAAUCCGCACGGGCUAACACUGUCCCGCAGACUCCCCCGGCGCAGAGGCCGCGAGCUUCCUUCUCGUCGCGCUUCUCUCCGGGUACACUCCUCCCAACGAUCUCCGCAGGGUUCAGUGCUGUCGUGGCCGAGUCACUGCGUCGAGGGGAGAUGAGUCCGGUGAAGGAGCGGAGGAGCCGACACCGAGCGAGUCGCGGGAAACAGCUGAGCACGACCAACCUUGAGUUUGGCCGCGACGGAAAUGAUGGAACGGGAGCACCGGGACCUCAGACCGAUGCGAGGGUGGGAGAUGCACCCGACCCUCGAUUUGCAUUGGCUACCGCUCGGCUGCAUUCUACGGGCCAUCUUGCGACAGAGGCGACGACUGCCGGUAAUUCAACCCCCUCGUUGCCCACAGAGAACGUGCCCGUCAACCCGUCUGUGGACGAUAUCGCUUCUGGAUCUCGAUUCCGAAGCUUCAGUGACUCUUGGAGCGGCGGACUGAACUGGCUCGGCGGUGCAUUGCAUAGACCAAACGACAGUCCGGAGCCACCAGGGACAACCCAAACACAAAGUGGCGAGCACGGACACCCGACGAACGCAUCUAACAACGAUCAGGAACCUCGUUCAGGUCCCACCAACUCGCGGGCAUAA